AUCGUGGGAGGUGGGGCUUCUCUGCUCUUCACAGAGCACUGAAGUCCGGGUUCUCCGCAGGAACACAUUGGACAGAUCAGGCUCCUCAGACCUCCAAGAUGCCCACCCCUGCCUCCUGGCCCCACCCUCCUCCUCCUUGCCUGCUGCUGGCACUACUGCUGGGACUCACAGGAGUGGCGGGUCAGGAGCUGCAGGUGAUUCAGCCUAAGAUGUCAGUGUUGGCUGCAGCGGGAGAGACGGCCACUCUGCCCUGUACCACGACCUCCCUGCUCCCUGUGGGGCCCAUCAAGUGGUUCAGGGGCACAGGGCCAGGCCAGGAGUUAAUCUACGACUACAAAGGAGGUCACUUCCCCAGAGUAACAAAUGCUUCAGACACCACAAGGAGAGACAACAUGGACUUUUCCAUCCGCAUCAGUCACAUCACCCCGGCAGACGCCGGUGUCUACUACUGUGUGAAGUUCCAGAGAGGAUUCCCUGGUGACGUGGAGUAUAAGUCUGGACCAGGCACCCGGGUAUUUGUGUCUGCUAAGCCCUCUGUUCCAGAGGUUUCUGGCCCCACUAAACGGGCCAGCCCAGGUGAGGCAGUGAAUCUCACCUGCAGAUCAACUGGCUUCUUUCCCAAACACAUACAACUGAAAUGGUUUAAAAAUGGCGUGGAGCUUCCAGCCCAUCAGACUCUCAUCUUCCUGCCUGGAGAUGCUUCCUCCUACACCAUUGUCAGCAUCGCCCUGGUGACCCUUGACUUGUCCUCACUCCACUCCCAGGUCACCUGCCAAGUGACUCACAGUGAACUGCAAAGGCCCCUCAGUGGACGUGUGAACAUCUCUGAAUUCCUUCAAGUUGUCCCCACAGUGAACAUAUCAGCUCACGGUGUCCCAAGCCUCCAGGUGACCAUUCUCACCUGCCACGUGCAAAGGUUUUACCCAGAAGUCAUACAAAUCAUCUGGCAGGAGAGGAACAGACGAUUCAAGUCUUAUGAGGCCUUCGCCCCCACCAAGAACCCAGAUGGCACAUUCAGCCAAGACAGUCAUAUCCUGGUCAGCACCUCAGAGGACAAAAGGCUGUUCACCUGCCAAGUGUGGCGUGAGGACCAGACACUGGUCCAGACCAGCGUGCAGCUGAGCGAGCUUACAGAAGAGCAAGCCAGUUUGGGUGCCACAGCAUCCAGCUCCCUCUUUGGGACCCUCCUCCUGCUUGGCUGGAAGUUGUUUCUCCUGACUACAGUUUCCAUCAUCUAUGUCCUCAGGAGGACCCUCCCUUCCAGGAGAACUGAUCCAGGAGGACCACUUCCCAUGAUGUCCGUAGCCUCUACCCCAUUUUUCCCUGCCACACCAGCCUUCUGAGACCUGUCCAGCACUGGCUGCCCCUCCCUGUCUCCUGCAGCCCCAGAGGAGGGAUUGAGAAUGUCCUCCUUGUCCCCUGUCACACUGGGCUACACUGGUGAUACUCAGCAGUCUCACUGGACACUGUGGGAAGGACUGCUAACAGAGUGACAUGUAAAGAGAACAUUCACAAGUGGGCAAUGGAACAGCUGAGAGAAUCAGAGACUUUAGCAUCAUGGUCAAUCUGAGCUGGAAAACUUCUUGAUACCAUCUAGUCCAAUUUCUCCUCUCCAAACCAGAAUGUGGAACUUGUGUUUUGGAGACAUUAGGCGACAAGAUGAAGGUCAAACAAAGCAACU